GGAUUAGUCCUCAUCUCACUUCCAUAGAGAGCUUAUGGUGCUGCAUGGAGAAGUUUUAAAUGGACAGCAUUGCUGUGUAUACAUUUUAAUAAGUACACACGGGUUCGUCUGAAAUUAGAAAAGACGUCAUUUUAAUCUAUCUAGAGGUCUAUGAGGUGUUGCGUUUGAUAGUGAGUUAAUCAGUCCGCGUAAUAAACCCACACAUUUCCUCUCAUGUGUUUUUAACUCCUGUACAUGUCUUGGGUUCAGUCGACUCACAUUAGGAUGGACGGUGAUGAUUUGGGAGAAAGUGUUCUUAUUCAUUUGGACGUCGAGAGUCUUAAUCCUGCGAUCGUUACACAUGAGAAACAACAGAAAUCUGAGUUUUCCACCACUCGGAAAUGCUACUCUUAUAUAAAGAAGAAGACCUUUGCAACAUUUGUGGCGUCUAAGAGGGUCCCGACAUCUACACAAGACACCUCAUCACUUUGGCACUGCUGUGACCAGGCAUUCUCAGAGCCCUCGUCCAUCCACAAACAUGUCUCCAAUGUCCAUGCGAAUGAGAUUGACGAGCUCACCGGUGCAGCUCUGGAUCAGAUGCUGAAGCAGUUCAAUGCCGACGGCUCUAUAGAUGAUCCGUACGACUGUCAGUCAAAAGACACGUCCUGCUGGAUGCCUGAUACAAGCCACCUUUCUGAGGACAAGCUUAGCAACGGACCAGGUGAAGUCAUCUUGUAUUACUGCUAUUGUCAGAUAAAAGAGCCCAGGUUCGUUUGUGACUGGCAGAAUGAGCUGUGUUCAAAGCUUCGCCUCACCGGCAAGGUACGUGUGGCCACGGAGGGCAUCAACGGAACAGUUGGUGGAACCAAAACAGCCACCAACCUUUACAUCAAGGCAAUGCUAGCACAUCCCAUAUUCCAAGUAAUGCAAGCGGAAGAUUUCAAGACUAGCGAAGGCGGUGCAGAGUGUUUUCCUGAACUUAAGGUUGGGGUGUAUAAAGAAAUUGUCCCAAUGGGUGUGGAUCCAGAUAUAAUCUCCUACAGAUUAGCAGGAACACAUUUGGAGCCUGAGGAAUUCCACAAGGAGGUGCAAUCUCUGCUCAAAGCUGGUUCCUCGAACAGUGAUACAAUUCUGCUGGACUGUAGAAAUUUCUAUGAGAGUAAAAUAGGUCAGUUUAAAAAUUGCUUGGCACCAGAUAUUCGCAAAUUCAGCUACUUCCCUGACUAUGUGGACAAGAACCUGGACCUUUUUCACAAUAAGAAGGUGCUGAUGUACUGCACCGGGGGCAUACGGUGUGAACGAGGGUCCGCAUAUCUCCGUUCAAAAAACGUAUGUAAAGAAGUGUACCAGCUGAAGGGUGGCAUUCACAAGUAUCUGGAGCAGUUUCCUGAUGGUUUCUACCGAGGGAAACUUUUUGUCUUUGAUGAGCGAUAUUCAAUCUCAUUCAACAGUGACAUCAUCUCAGAUUGUAGGUACUGUGGGACUUCAUGGGACCAGUAUCAGCUCUGCUCUACUGAUUUCUGCUGCCAGCUUGUUUUAUCCUGUACCUCUUGCAGGCAGAAAGGCCUUACAGCUUGCUGCCCAGUGUGCCAAGCCAAAGAGCAGACACCCAGCAGCAGCCCUUCGAGUGGACGUGUGCACAAAGAAGAGUGCGAAUGUACACACUCCCGGCCCAGAAUCCCUAAAGACACUUCAUGAUGAGCAGGUCUCUGGGGCUUCUUCUUGUCCAGCAUCCAGUGCAGAAAAAAAAUAAGUGUUUACAGGAAACGUCUGUGACUGAGGACAAAGUUGUAGACAUUGUAAGAGUUUGAUGUAGGAACGAGCAAGAUUUUAUAUUGUGUGUGUGUGUGUGUAAUAUAUAUAUAUAUAUAUAUUGUUGUGGAUAAAAAUGACAUGAAAUAAACACGAGGGAGAUUGAGUAUGAGUAAAAAUGUAAUUUUAUUGGUAGUUCACAGGACGGGUGGGUGCGUAGUCUGGAGGAGAGUAAGAGGGGGAGGAAAAUGGGGUGCGUCCUGGGGACAUGGGGAAAUCAGGGUGGGUGAAGUGAGCGGACCACUGAGAGUCGGGCGGACUGGUGGGUGAGAAGAGGGACGGAUGGUCGGGGCCCGGAUCGGAGAAGACAACAUCAUCAUCCUCGGAUUGGAAGCUGGAGGGGGGUUCUGGGUCUGACUGUGUAGAGGCGUCAACACGCACGUUCGUGGGGCAGAUUCUGUACCGAAGAAGAGGGGGGAACCCCGGAUCUCCAUUCUUAGGGGGGGUGCUGCGAAGAUAGUUAAGUAGCAUCAUGAUAUCAGCAGUGAGAUGCACAAGCUGGUAAUGAGUGUCCAGAUCCAGGUCCAAACCCUGAUCCAGGUCCAGUAACGGAGAGAGAGGGGACUGACGACGGGCACCGGCACCUAGACACAUAGAAGCGGGAUUAGG